CUCUCACCAAUCCUUCUCGUCCAAGGAUCACCUCCAACAUCAUGGCUCUCCCCACCACCCUCCGUACAGGAGCUGCUCGUGCUUCGUUACGGAAUUUUGCAUCCUCUUCGUCAUCUCGUCUCGCCUCAGCUGCGCCUUCGCAGAGGAGAGAGCUUCAUUACCUCCCUCCGGCUCCCGAGGCGCUACAGAGGGGAUGCAUGCCGUUCCUGUCCAAGGGCACGGUGGACACGCUUUGGAAUGGAUGGCAAAAGGGACUGCUCGAGAGGCUGAAUGCGGAGGUACGAGGCACUCAAUUGGAGUCCUCGACGCUGAUUGACACUGUCAUUCAGAGCUCCCAGAAGCCGGAGCAGAUCAUGGCCUUCAACUACGCAUCUCAAGCACUGAACAAUGCCUUCUUCCUCAGCCACCUUUCUCCCGAUCCACAAGCUUCCCAGGAUCUCAGCGACGAAUCUUGGCAAGAUCGCUCUCCACCGCAACCAGAUGGUCCCCUCAAGGGCGCGCUAGACGACCAUUUCGGGUCCGUCACAGAAUUCAAGUCAGCAUUCUCAGCUGCUGCUCUGGGCAUGUCGUCCAGCGGAUGGGUAUGGCUUGUAGUGGAUGGGCAAGGGAAGGUGGGAAUCGUGCCAACAUACGGCGCUGGUACCGUGCUCGUGCAGAACCGCCAGCAAAGAGGCCUGCCAGACAUUGAGAGCAGCGCUGCCACUUCGUCGCCCGAUGGAACCGCCACCUCUUCUUCCGGCUCGCUCUUUGCUGAGAGUAGCGGAGCUCUGAAGCCGCAGAGCUCAGCAAAGUCGAUGAGGGACAAUGGGGACCCGUACGUGACGGGUACCACACUACACCCUCUCCUCUGCUUGAGCGUCCACGAGCAUGCCUGGCUGCCUGACUGGGGCAUCUGGGGCAAGGAGAACUACCUGGCAAGGUUCUGGGAAGUGGUGGACUGGAAGAAGGUCGGCAGGGUGAGGGAGGCGUAUAUGAACAAGGGCAUUAUCUGAAGAUGGGGGCAUCUGUACAAUAAUGAGAGAUCACUAUCUUGACAUCGAAUCGUGGCACAUCGUCAGGUCGUCAGAGAG